GCUGCCCCCGGGACGGACACGCGGAGGAGGAGCCCAGCCGCCCGCGCCCCGCCCCGGCCCCGCCCCUGUGCGGGGUCCCAGGCGGGGCUGCGGUCACCCCCGGGCCCAGAAAGGGGGGGUCGGGGCGGUCCCUGGCUGGGAGGGUGGAGUCAGCGCCCUCCGGCCAGACCGCGGGCUGCGCUGUCCGAGCACUGCUGCGCCUGCCCACCUGCCCAGGGCCCCAGCCCAGCCGUGACCAUGACCCUGGCGGCCUCCUCCCAGCGCUCCCAAAUCAUCCGUUCCAAGUUCCGAUCUGUGCUCCAGCUGCGGAUCCACCAACGGUAUCAGAAGCCCAGCCACCCAAGGCCCUUCAGCACCUCUCCUGCCUCUGAUCCAGAUCCCUGGAUCUCAGCCUCGGAUCCAGCUGGAGCCUCAGCCCCAGCCCUGCCCUCGGCCCCCAGCUCUCUGCUCUUCAGCCCGGGGGGCCUGCUCCCUGAGCCAGAAUACAGACCCUGGAAGACCCAGAAAAAGGCCUCUCUACACUGGCAGGAACCCAAGCUCAAGGCAAACUUGACCUACCAUCAGUACAUGCCCCCGGAGUCAAGACGGGAGUCCAGGGCAGAGCCCCAGGCUGAAGGGUCAGUUCAGCCCCCCUCGGGGCCACCUUUGUGGAAAGGGACAAAGUCACAGCUGCCACCUCCUAGGAUGAAGCCCACCCCCUUCACUCCCUCCCCACCCGGGAUCCCCUGCCCUUCGCCUCCUCCGCACAAGCUGGAACUGCAGACCCUGAAACUGGAGGAGCUGACGGUCUCCGAGCUCAGGCAGCAGCUGCGCCUGCGGGGCCUCCCGGUGUCCGGGACCAAGUCGAUGCUCCUAGAGCGCAUGCGCGGCGGCAACCCGGCCCGCGAGCGGCCCAAGCCUCGGCGCGAGGAUAGUCCGGCGGGUGGUCCUUGGCCGCGACUCAGACCCAAGGCGCAGGCGGCGGCCCGCAGGCAGGGCUCGUCCAAGCCCAGCCCAGAGUCUCACCCACCUCCUCGAGCCAAGAAAACCCCAGUGACAGCUUCGGUCGGGGCUCCGACUCGGGCUCAGACGGCAGCCCCAGCGCUGACGCCUUCCCCUGCACCAGCUUCGGCCGCUCUGACACUGGAGGAGGAGUUGCAGGAGGCGAUCCGUAGGGCACAGUUGCUUCCAAACCGGGGCAUCGAUGACAUCUUGGAGGAUCAGGUGGAACCAGAAGACCCGCUGCCCCCCAUUCCCCUGGACUUCCCUGGCUCCCUGGAUGUGCUGUCCCCCUCCCCGGACUCCGAAGGCCUCUCGUCCGUCUUCUCUUCCUCCUUUCCCUCCCCAGCUAACUCCCCAUCCCCAGCUCCUGUGGGGCCCACUGACUCCCUGGACUGGCUGGAGGCUCUGAGUGGGGGCCCCUCCCUGGACUGCACCCCACCGGCCCCCAGCAUUUUCUCUGCAGACUUAUCUGACUCUACUGGCAGGCGGCUGUGGGACCUGCUGGGUGACCCCUGGUGAUGGCUUCCUGGGGGUCUUAGGGACCCAGAGCCAGUGGGGGUGAGGAGGUCACAGAAAGAAACUCUCUUGGGGGGGGGAGGGUGGAAGGAGCAGGGGUGCCCCUCUGGCCACCUUGAGAGACACAGAAUCAGAGAACCCCUCCUCUUCACCUGGCCCUACCCCUGAGCUGCUGCCGAUGUGCCAUCCCCUGGCUUUUGCCCAACUGCCCUGCUUGUGGGCCCCCCGCAGCUGUGUGGCAAGGGGCACGGAGUUGUUCUGAGCUGCCGGCCAGGCAAACAUAAUGCUUGCUGCUUUCUUCAGA